AUGACGGACGCUUGCGAUCUGACCAGAAAGACGUCAGACUGUAUGAUUCUGACAUAUCUUGUGUUGAGCUGUGUAGUUGGAAUGGUGUUCUGCCAGAAUAUUUUGUGGAUUGAUCGGUCGUUGCCCAGAUAUCCAGCAUUACAUAAUCGUUUCUGCCGGGUGUUCGCCAUUAUUCUUUCCUCAAUCACGACGAUCAUUGCUUUUGUACUGCCGUUUCUUCUUCUUCGAAACGAUCCGUACAACGACGUUGUGCUGACUUGUAUGAUACUCCCUUCUGGAAGUGCACCACAGAUCAACCGUCUCUUCUACUCGUUUGUCGGUUUAGGACUGCUAGCACUUGCUGCUCUCGUAUCACUUUAUCUGAUAAAUCAACGGAGGGAGAAAAUGUGGCGCUACUGUGUUAGAAACAGUUUUCAAGCGGUCGAAAAUCAGUUGAUCACGAAGUGGGUGGGGGUUCUCGUGUCUGUGCAGUUCGUCUUCUUGACCGCUUAUUCCCUGGCAGUUUAUCUGAUAAGGACGCGUGGUCAAGCACUGCCCAAAAUCACGAGAGAAGUGUUACGAAUGUGGUUCUAUCUUGUGCCUUUUUCAACAGUCUCACUACCACUCAUCUCUCUUCUGGCUCUUCGACAUUUCGCAAAAGAACGGCAUGCCUCUAUCAAUCGGCUUACACACAUGAAGAACGACCACAGCACCCAUAUGGAACAGCUUAUGCGCAUGUGGAGCUGA